UUCACCGUCCUGCUCUGCAUUAUCUGUUGAGCAAGCUCGAGAGCGGUUCACUUUGUUCGCGAUGAGUCUGACUGUGAAGAGCCACAGUGUCUGCCUCAGUGAUGGAAACCACAUUCCACUGCUGGGACUGGGCACAUAUGGAGACCCUCAAACGACACCCAAAGGCACCACGCUUGAGUGUGUCAAGCAUGCCAUAGAUGUGGGUUACAGGCACUUUGAUGGGGCGCUGGUGUAUUUCAAUGAGCAUGAAGUGGGUCAAGCCAUUCGAGAGAAGAUUGCUGAUGGAACCGUUCGAAGAGAGGACAUUUUCUACUGUGGGAAGCUCUGGAAUACCUUCCACCCUCCGGAGUUGGUGAGACCGGCCUUGGAAAGGACACUGGAAACCCUAAAAUUAGACUAUGUGGAUCUCUACAUCAUUGAGCUUCCAAUGGCCUUCAAGCCUGGAGACGAGUUUUAUCCAAAAGACAAAGAUGGAAAACACAUCUACCAUCACACAGACCUUUGUGCAACAUGGGAGGCAUUAGAGGCUUGCAAGGAUGCUGGACUUGUGAAAUCUCUCGGAGUCUCCAACUUCAACCGCAGGCAGCUGGAGCUGCUGCUGAAUAAACCUGGUCUCAAACACAGACCUGUAUCAAACCAGGUUGAGUGCAAUCCAUAUUUCACACAACCCAAGCUUCUGGAGUACUGCCGUCAAAAUGACAUCGUGAUUGUUGGCUAUUGCCCAAUUGGCUCCUCCAGAGAUGCCUCGUGGGUGAAUUUGAAAUGCCCUCCCAUGUUGGAGGAUGAGCUGCUUGUUUCCAUUGGGAAAAAGUACAACAAGAGUAGCGCUCAGGUGUCUUUGCGCUUCAACAUCCAGAGAGGAGUUGUCGUGAUCCCUAAAAGCUUCAAUCCAGAGAGGAUCAAACACAACUUCCAGAUAUUUGAUUUUUCACUCACGGAAGACGAAAUGAAAGCCAUUGAGGGACUGAACAAAAAUGUUCGUUUUGUGGAGGUGCUGAUGUGGAGUGACCAUCCGGAAUACCCAUUUCAUGAUGAAUACUAAAGUCGUCCAUGGUUUCUUGGCUUUUUGGGCAAAUAAUUACAACAAAACCCGGACUCUGCAUGUGUUUCAGUGAUGUUUUGUUCUGGUACUUUCUGGUACUCACACUACACUAGAGGGCUCCAGUUCAAAGGGAAGCCAUCCAGCAAUGAUUGUCCCAGCUGACACAGGGUGAAAGGUGGCGUACACACACACAAAAAGGAAAAAAUCAAUACAAUUCUUGGAUUUCUGGGAACUGAAUUGGAUUGUGCAGUUUAUAUUUACCUUUCACAAUCAAACAUACACAUUAGUUCGUGACUCACACUGGAAGUUUUAUCUGAAAUAAAUGUGCUAAAGGUUUCGCAUUAUCUGAAUGUGCAGUGGCAGAUUCGCUCUCGGCAUUUCUACUGUUGUUAAUCUGUUUGGUUGACCGAAGUCCUGUAUCAUGUUCAGUAAAUCAGCUGUGUUUGAACUACAACUCGUGGAGCAGCAAUGAGGUUAUGCAUGUCCACAUGUCAAAAGUAUACACUUUUAAGGGGAAUGGAAAGGAUUUACUGGCGAGGAGUUUCGCAAAAAUAUAGAAUAGCUCUGAGCUGUAGCUGAAAAUGAAUACAUGGGAAAUGUUAAACCAUAAUAAAUCCUUAAAAACAACAAUAAAAAGAUCAGUCAAACAAUAUACCUGAGAUUGUAAAAUGUAUGAACCAGACAACCAAAGACACGUAGCAAUGAACCAAAUUAGAGUGACAGUAUAGGUUUAUUGAGAACACUUGCCUGAGCAUCUUGUUUGUUCAAAAAAAUAAAAUCAUUGAAACCAUU